CGCCGGAAAUUUCCCUGUGUCGCGCGACACGAUCUAAAUUUCCGCGAAAUAGAGCGAACGUGACCGGGUUUGUCUGCGUAGAUUCUCAUAAGAUGUUACGCCACCAACAUCACGCGAUGCAAAAUCAGCUUCGAGAUCAUAAUAGAAUGGCAGGACCAAUGCGGCCCAUGCAGCAGGCUAACAUGCCACAGCUACAUCAGCCGCAACAUUUGCUACCACAUCGGAAUCCGCAUCAACAAAUACUAUCCAUGCCCCCCCAUCAACAGCAUAUACAUCACAUGCAGCAUCCUGGCCCGCCGCAUGGAAAUCCGAGACAGCCGAUGUUGAUGGGUAUGAAUACGCACAGUACAAACAAUACCAUGGUUAGCGUUAGCAUGAAGGACCAAGCAAAUACAGUUUCUGUGACUCUUCAAAAUGUGCAACAGCCUCAGUAUCCACAUCAGCAGCAGCAGCAGCAACAACCGAAUAAUCAGCAAAAUCAGCCUCCCCAACAGCAACAGCCAUCGCAACAGUCGCAAUCGCAGCAGCAGCAACAGCCGCAACAUGUGCCGCAACAACCAAAUGUGGAGCAAUCGAAGGUGUUAACGAACGAUGCCAAUGGAGAGUCAAGAGACGAUAAUGCCUCUGGUCAGAAUCAUGCCAACGGGACUAAUCCAGCUUUGGCAAACAUGAAAGAAAAAACACCCAUGUGCUUGUUAAACGAGUUGGCGAGAUUCAAUAGGAUUCAACAUCAAUAUAGACUGACCAACGAGCAGGGACCGGCGCACAAAAAAAGAUUCACGGUGACACUAAAACUAGGUGAGGAGGAAUAUGUCGCUGAAGGUCCUAGUAUAAAGAAAGCUCAACAUAGCGCGGCAACCGAAGCAUUGACGAAAACUUGGUACCGUCAACCUCCUCCCAAACCCACCAAGGCUAUGAGGAUCGGUCACCUGGGCAAAUGUCCGACAGGUUCUGGACAUUUGCCACCCACUGUCGAACUGAACGCGUUAGCGAUGAAACGGGGUGAGCCAACUGUUUAUACGUUCCGACAAGCUCCUCCAGCUGCGUUGCAACAUCAAUUUAUGCCGCACGGAUUCGGUAACUUCCCACGAAUGUAUAAUCCACGACUUGCGUACAAUCGUGGAGUUCACACGGAUCUUCAGGGACUGUAUCUCGUAACUCUGAAGGUGGGCGAACGCGAAUUCACGGGUAGAGGUUUGACAGGCCAAGCAGCACGUCACGAUGCAGCUAGCAGAGCCUUGGAACAGCUACGUCAAUUGCCACUACCAGAAGAGAUCGCAAACGUGAAUAACUCCAACGAGAACGGCUCGCUGAGUGGCAUUGACGAUCCGAACGCUGAGUUGAAAAGUCCCGUAUCUCUUGUUCACGAAACCGCACUAAAACGUGGAUUGCCAGUCGGUUUUGAAGUCGUAUCUGAAAGCGGUAAACCUCACAUAAGAACCUUUAUGACAAAAUGCACUGUCGGCGACAAGGUUACUGUGGGAGAAGGAUCCUCGAAAAAAGUGUCGAAGAAACGCGCCGCCGAGUUGAUGUUAGACGAACUGAAGCGUCUUCCUCCGUUACCGGCUACCAUACAGAAUCGAACGAUGCGAGUGAAACGUAAGCCACCAGCGACGAAGAAGAAAUCUCGUAAUUUAAUCAAAGUUUAUCAAGAGCCCCGUGCAGAGAAUGAAGCCACGGAGGAGGUCAAUCCGGUCUCGCGACUGGUUCAGAUUCAACAGGCGAAACGCGAGAGGGAACCGGUUUACAAUCUGAUAGACGAGAAGGGCGCACCAAGACGCAGAGAGUUUGUCAUGGAAGUGAUAAUGGGCCAGCACUCCGCUCAAGGAAUCGGACCUAACAAGAAAUUGGCUAAGAGAGCUGCGGCUGAGGCUCUCUUGACGCAAUUGGGAUACAGUAAACCGUCGCCGCAACCCGCAAAACCAUCCAUAAAGACGGGAGAGAGCGAAAACACGGAGUCGAAGCCUAGAAAAGUUACAUUUCUCGAGGACGAACAAAUGAACGACACUCAACCUCACUCAGUAGGAGGUACCAUAGGCCGCCAAUUAGUACCUGGUCUUUUAUUGGUAGACGGAGGUCAAGAAUCUAAACUAGGGAAUGGACCCAGCGUACAAAUAGUUGCUGAAGAGUUGCGCGAACAGCAACAACAAAAUACGGCUGGUGUUUCGCCCAAGGAUCAAUUGCAUUAUUUAUCUCAGUUAUUUAAUUUCAGCGUAGAAUUUAGCGAUUUUCCUAAGGGAGUGUCUAUAAACAAGGAAUAUUUAUCACUUGUGUCGCUAAGCACUGAUCCACCGCAAGUUUGUCACGGUAAUGGAGCGACAAUAACUGCGAGUCGCAAUCAAGCGGCUCUAAGGGCGCUUCGUACUCUUAGUAAAUUGGGACUUGAUAAUGCCUCGAAUGCAGCACAAGUGAAGAAGGAUAAAGGUGCAUCUGGUGAUGGGAUACACAUUAGCAUUCAAGUUAAAAAUAACAUUAUGGAUGGAGCUAUCGAUAAGUAACUGAGUAGCGCUUAAGUACAUACAUAAUGUUGAGUUAUAUUUAUGCUUCUUUAGGCCACUGCAAAAGAAAGUUGAGUGAAUUCCGUUGUUAUAAAAUUCUUUGCAAAAUUGAUGAUAUUAAUAUUGUUUAUUCAUCGCCAAUUUCACAUUUUGGAGAUGUGCUGUUCCUCGACAGAGACUUUUUUCUUCAAUCGCGCAAAGAGGGUCUCAGCCGCGGUUCUGUUAGCCAAUUUUUUUACUAAAUCCGAUUCCUUUAUACGCGGAAUCUGAUCUAUUAAAAAAGCUCUCCCUCUUUCUCCCCUUUUUUCUGUAUAGUAAUCUAUAUAGAAAAAAGUUGCUACAAUAAUCUGAUUAUAUUUAUAAUUGUAAAAAUGUAUUUAUAUCAAAAACAUUUAUCAAAAAUUUACACGAAGCGUUGUGCAUAGUCUAUAUCUAUAUAUAUUUUUCAUUUUACACGUUUAUUGUUUAUAUCAUUGGAUUGCUUGCUAUCUACAUUACUAAAAUUGAUAAAAAUCGAAUGGAUAUAAACUUGAAUCAAUUUAUAUAAAAUUAUUUAAAUUAGUUAUUAGCAUGUUAUAUGAAAUCUUCCUGAUCUUUUGCAGUGUCCUAAUUUACAUUAAAAUGCCGUUCAAGCACCAAUAAGCGAUAUGUAUUUAGUAAUUGUGUAAGAAUUCUUUCGUUUAAUGACUAGAAACGUCUGAUUAGUCACAGUAGACAAUGACAAGUUUCUGUGACUAUCGGAAAUUUAUUGUUAUGAAUUACAAUAACGUAUCAUUGAACGAUUCGUGUAUUACAGCUCUUACAAAAUUAAAAAUGCCAUGGAACAUUAUUGGUGCUUGAUCGUGAUUGCGAUCCUAGCAGUGACAGGUAUAACUGCUAUAUUUAUUGUAACUUUUCAUUGACAGGAUCACAAUAGCAAUAUACUUAUCUACAAAUGAUUCAAAAUGGUCAUUCUCCAGUUAGGAUCAGUCUAUAAUAUAUUGUAUAAUGAACACUAUAGGGAAAUCGUUAAUCGAAGUUACACGACCUGAAGGUGAAAUGCGACCAUCUCUUAAUUUCUCAAUUGAAUUCCUUAGCUUUCACGUUAUCAUGAAUAAAAAGCUGUCUUGUUAUCUAAUGAUAUGUUAAUAAUUCAUAAUAAUGUUUUUUUUUUCCUUUUUUUUAAAUCCUCGGUUGUUCGGAAUUAAUCACUUUAUAUUUUUUUGUGUGUACGUUUUUGUCGCAUUAUUUGAAAAAAUGCAAGUUAAAACUUAUUUCUAUUAAGUCGCAUGUGAAAAUUAUAAAUAAAAUCGUAUAAAACGUAUUUUUCCAGAGCAAGCUCUGGCUACGUGCACUGGAGAUACGCGUUGAUUAAAACGAUUGUGUGAAAGAUUAAGUGGCUUUAAAUUGAUAAAACAUAGGUAAUGCGACAUACACUGUCCCUAUGCCCCAAUUUGCUUUUCUACGGGGGCCAGAAGCAAUCUGGGGUCAACAUAUUCAUGUAUCGUAAAAUAUUGAGAAGUGAAGGGAAUAGAAAUUUCCAUACAUCUGUCAUUCGGGUAAAAGGGUAAUGAUACGCUGUAUAGGAAAUUUCGGUGAAUAUAAAACGGAACGAAAAGAGAAUAGUAAUUUAAAAAAUUUGUCCCGUUGCAUCAAGACCAUUAUAAAAUUGUUUUAAUCUCGAUGUAGAAACAUCCUAAAAAACGGCGAAUUUUUGUCCGGUUGAGAAGAGAAGGGAAUAGAAAUUUCCAUACAUCCUAUCGUUCGCGGGUAGACAGUAAUGAUACGUUGCAUCGGAAAUUUCGAUGAAUCUAAAUAAAAGAAAAAGAAGAGAAGGCAAUAAUUCGAAAUUUGUCCCGCUGCGUCAAGACUAUUGUGAUGAAAUUGUUUUAAUUUUGUUGGAAAAAUAGUCGUGAAGCAACGGUAAAUUUUGUAUUACUGUCGGAAAAAUACGAGUAAGAAUACUAGAGUGGAGGAGACUUAAUAAUGGAUGAAGAUAUAAACAUUGAGAAACGGUACAAACUUUGAAUAUUCACGUAACUUUUACUUCUUGAACUUAAGUUCUAUGCGUCUCACGCAAACUAUAACGAACGUUGCCUUUUAUUGACACGGUGUAACGACACAGAACUUUGUACCGGCGUUCUCAACCAAGUGACAUUGUUGUCUUCUAUUCAUUACUCUCGUAUUACAUUGCGAUUUACUGAACAACAAAUACAAACAAUUUACAUAAACUGCAACUGUAUAAACGGUUAGUAAACUGUAUUAUUGUUCACUAAAAUCGUGUGCAUUCUAUUCAUAAUGCCCGAUACUCGGUACAUUGAAAAAUUUGUAACAAAUAUUCUCGAUGAUGGAUCCGUCGAUUAAAUCGAGGUUUGUUUGAUAUUCGCUGAAAAAAAAAUUAUUUAUUGACUCUUCGAGACUCUAGUUGGGUUUUGUUUUGCCUGAUACCGAUCACUAUUAUAAGUGGGCCUUUCUUGUUCAUGUGGCAUUCAGUAUUAUGAGACACGGUGGUAGAUUCCAUUGCAUAUAGUUUUUCAAGAGCCGAACAGGACGAAGAUGCGAAUUGAACAAUUUACGUCGCGUACACUGCAAGAGGAAGAGGAAAAAGGAAACGAUUUCAUGCUAUGAACUGUAAUACCGUAUAGUUAAUAUUAACGAAUAGAUAAGCGAAUAUAACGUAUCAAUUUACCGAGAUACCGGAGAUAAAAUCCUUCGACACUUUGAGGAGAGAAAGCUCGCUCGCGCGUUGAAAAGUCGACGCAUUGUCGGACUUAAUCUGCAAAGUGUUGAGAAAACAGAAGGCUGAUGCGUCGAUAUUGUCAGGAAGAAGAAAAGAGAUUGCGAAAUAUUAAUUUCAUGCGUAAUCUAUAUUUUGUUCUGUCAUUUUGUUUUAAUGCCGUCACAUAUGUAUACAAGCGCCACGAAACGUUUGCUUACUUUCGUUUAGUAUUAGGAAAACAACCGCUGCCGUUUCACUACGUUGCGACAUAUUGUUAUAUAAAGCUUCUGUAAAAUAUAUCAACUUCUCGCGAUUUUUCAGUUAGUUGGCCGGACGAGAGAAAGUAUCGUAUACGAUAUAUACCGUAAUGUAGCCCGGUUAUGUUAGAUUUACAUUUUAAGUGAGGCAAUUUGUUCGUAUGCUGUAACGUGUACGCUGUAUAAAACACAGUCACGCAAAUGCGAAUUCUCGGCAGCUUCCCAUCGAGAGAAUGAUUGCUUCCCGAGUAGAUCUAAUCCGAUCGAGAAGAAUCAUUCGUACUCGAUGGAGCUUUAAUUGCAUUUUCGGGAGUGAAUUGUACGACGUAUAGGAAUCUACUGCUUUCCUCUAUCCGCAUCAGUUUGUAUUUGAAGUUGAAGAACGAUCGUAGAAAGGUUUCACGUUUCAUGUAUAUGGCCUUUUUACUGUGCGUUUCAAAUAUACGCAUGACAAGGUGGCACACGAA